CCCUCUCUCUCUCUCUCUGGGUAAUCGCAGCUGACAUUUGUUUCUCUAAAACGAAAAGCAAAAACUACUCUUCCCAACUUCUCAAUCCAUCCAUGGCUGCUGCUAGGGUUUGAGCGAAGCACCCAAUACUUCCAACAGACUUACUUGGUUUGGGGACUUUGCUUCGAUCUUUCUGGUACCUGUUGCUGGAUUUGGCAGCCUGUUAAUGGAUCUCGUUGAUGACUUGUGACCUCAAAUUAGUAGAUGAGGCAUCAACAAUCCACCUGGAUUAACUGUGUCCCCGAAAAUAAUGUGAAUAUCUAAUAUUUUCAGGAAGUUGUUGGUAUUCCUUUAUUCAACAUGGCAACUGAGAGUCCGAUGAGAAUAGUAGAAAGUAGUGGAGCUGCAAAAUGGCCUUCUUCAAGUGAUGCUGUAAUAUUAAAUUCACCAUUAAAUGAUGUGGCAGUGGAAGAGUUGAGAUUGAUAUUGAAAGGGCAAAGACUCAGUGGAGAUCAAACACAUGUGGUGCCUAAUCGAAGUGGUAGUGCUCCACCAAGUAUGGAGGGUUCCUUUGCAGCCUUCGGUAGCCUUUUCGCUUGGCAAAACUCUAGUCAAGGUUCAAGCUUGGCCAGUUUAAGCAGUGUUACUGAGAAUUGCGAGCCUGAGGAGCAAUUGCGGUCAGAUCCAGCCUAUAUUUCUUACUAUUGGUCCAAUAUCAAUCUGAACCCAAGGCUUCCGCCACCUCUCAUAUCACGUGAAAACAGGCGCUUGGCUCGUCAUAUUGGUGAUUUUGGUAAUAAGUGGAGAGCAACUUCUAUCGAUGAUAGUGGGAAUGGAUCCUUUCAUGCUCCUCAAGGUUCACUUUCUACGCAUGAGGAGGAGGAUGAUGGAUCCCCUGAUGGUAGUGUCUUGAUGGGACAAGACUCAGGAUCUUCAACAGGUUUACAUAAAAGUUUAGUUGAUCUGAUACAGGAAGACUUCCCCCGCACGCCUUCCCCUGUGUAUAACCAGUCUCGUUCCUCAAGCCUUGCUACAACAGAAGAACCAGUUGAUCAUGAUGUGCAUGUGACCUCCCCUAACCUCUCGUCUGGUAACAUUUCUAAAGCAUUGGAAGCAAAUAUGGGCUCUUCUGGUGUUUGUAUAGAUACUCGCCCCUUGGCUACCCAUGCACUUGCAUCAAUAUCCACCAAUGACUCUUUGGAGGCCUCCAUCUCUGGAUCAUCCUCACCAGAUGUGGUAAGCUUACCAAUGCCCUUAAAAGAUACUGCAAGUACAAAAAGUACUGGAUUGGAGGAUGAUGCCUCAAGUGGUGUCCUUCAUUCAGUUGUCUCCAGCGUAGAGUCUAGAGUAAGAAAGAAACAAGAAGCCCAGCAAUCAUAUGGAAGAAAUAUGCCACAACAGUAUCAGCCCAUGCAACAAGGCAGUGCAUAUCAGACUCAUGUCCUUCCUCAGGGAAUGAGUCAUCCACAUGGUUUAAUGGAAAAACUUAACCAUGGUUAUUCCAAAUUCUCUUCUGCUGAGGCACAACCAUUGCAUUCUCCUGGUCUUACACCCGCGUUGUAUCCAACAACAGCAGCCUAUAUGACUUCAGGAAAUACAUUUUACCCUAAUUUUCCAUUGUCUGGUUUAUAUGCUCCACAAUAUAAUGUAGGUGGAUAUGCUCUGAGUCCUGCAGUAAUUCCUCCAUUCAUGGCUGGAUUUCCUUCCCAUUCUGUUGUUCCUGGGCCAUUUGAUUCUACCUCUGCCUCAGGCCUCAAUCGACCUUCUGGUGUGUCAACUGGGGAAAGCAUUACAAAUGCAGGUGAUUUACAGCAUGUUAGUAGGUAUUAUGGCCAACCUGGAUUAGUGCUGCAACCUUCUUAUAUGGAUCCGCUUCAAAUGCAAUACAUUCAACAUCCUUUUGGCAACAUAUUUGGUCCUUCAGUUCAACAUGGUGGUCGGUUGGAAUCAAUUGGUGUUUCUGGGGGUCCACCAGAUUCUUUUAUGCAGAAAGAGUCUUUUAUUGCUGCUUAUAUGACUGAUCAGAAACAUCAUCCCCCAGGAAAUGGGAGCCUUGGCAUACCAAAUCCAGGAAAAGUGGGAAUGGGAGGCAGUAGUUAUUAUGGUGUCCCCCAAAGCAUGGGUGUUGUGGCCCAGUUCCCCACAUCUGCACUCUCUAGUCCAGUAUUGCCAUCAUCACCAGUAGGUGGAAUGAGUCAUCUAAGCAGACGAAAUGAAAUGAGAUUUCCUCAAGGUUCAGGUAGAAAUGCAGGACUUAAUUCUGGAUGGCAAGGACAAAGAGGAGUGAACAACUUUAAUGACUCCAAAAGGCCUUCUUUUCUUGAAGAACUGAAAUCAAGCAAUGCCCGAAAAUUUGAACUUUCUGAUAUAUCUGGUCGUAUAGUUGAAUUUAGUGUUGAUCAACAUGGGAGCCGUUUUAUUCAGCAGAAGCUGGAGCACUGCAGUGUUGAAGAGAAGGAAUCUGUUUUCAAAGAAGUUAUUCCGCACGCUUCAAGGUUAAUGACCGAUGUUUUUGGGAAUUAUGUUAUUCAGAAGUUUUUUGAGCAUGGUAGCCCUCAGCAGAGAAAAGAACUUGCAGAUCAACUUGUUGGAGAUAUGUUGUCUUUAAGUUUGCAAAUGUAUGGUUGCCGCGUUAUACAGAAGGCCCUUGAAGUGAUUGAGGUUGAUCAAAAGACAGAACUUGUCCAUGAGCUUGACGGACAUGUUAUCGUAUGUGUACAUGAUCAAAAUGGAAAUCAUGUGAUACAAAAAUGUAUAGAGUGUGUCCCUGUGGAGAAAAUUGGAUUUAUAAUUUCUGCUUUCCGUGAUCAAGUUGCAACACUUUCUACUCAUCCCUAUGGUUGCCGUGUCAUUCAGAGAGUUUUGGAGCAUUGUUCAGAUGGGCUGCAAAGUCAGUGUAUAGUGGAUGAAAUCCUAGAUGCUGCUUGUGGUCUUUCUCAAGAUCAGUAUGGCAAUUAUGUUAUUCAGCAUGUUUUGGCCAGGGGAAAGCCAUAUGAAAGAAGCCAUAUCAUCAACAAGUUGACUGGAAAAAUUGUGCAGAUGAGUCAGCAUAAAUAUGCAUCUAAUGUUGUUGAGAAGUGCUUGGAGUAUGGAGAUAAUGCUGAGCGGGAGUUUUUGAUUGGGGAGAUCAUUGGAGGGCCUGACAAAAAUGAUAAUUUACUGACUAUGAUGAAGGACCAAUUCGCAAAUUAUGUGGUCCAGAAGAUUCUUGAUGUAAGCAGUGACAGGCAACGGGAAGUAUUGCUCAACUGUGUAAGAGUUAAUCUUCAUGCUUUGAAGAAAUACACCUACGGGAAACACAUGGCUGCUCGAUUUGAACAACUAUCUGAUGAAGGGUUUUAAGGGACUAUAUGAUAAAUUACAGGAACACAACAUUCUGAAGAUGCAGAAAGUGAAGGCUUGCAACAUUGAAGCAGGUUUAGGAUGAGCAGCUUCGAUUUGAAUGUUGUUCAUUGCUGGUGGAUGACUAAUUGCACACAAAAUUGUUUGGAAAUGAUCCACCAUACACCCUAAAAUUUAUGCGUAUUUUUAGUUUGAAGUUUUAGUAAGUAAAUAUGUAAUUAUAUGGUUUCAACUCUAUUUAUGUGCACCUUAAUUUAAAGAAUGUAUUUAUGUGUAUUAUGUGUUGCACAUAUAGGGUGAAUAAAACAAGACAGAUAAGUGAUUCAUAGUAAAGCAGGGUUCUUUUUUCAUUUGAGACAUCUAUAUUUAUAUGGAAGACAAAAAAAGGGAAGAUACUAUUGUGGUAUAGAUUUUC